AUGGACGCCAUGCGGGCCCCCAAGCGGGCCCACGACGAUGGCGCGCCAGGCGUGCCGUCGGAGCCAGGAUCAGGAUCCCAUGCAUCGCCGGCGCGGGCCAAGCAGGCCAAGCUCGACAGCGCGAAUGCCGCGUCGUACGCGCCCGACUUCUCCUCCGUCGUCAAGAACAAGCUGCAGUCCUACACCCGCACCGGCCAGGCCUGCGACCGCUGCAAAGUGCGCAAGAUCCGCUGCGACGCCCUGCCCGAGGGCUGCUCGCACUGUCUGAGCCAGAACCUCGAGUGCUACGUCACAGACCGCAUCUCCGGCCGCACCGAGCGGCGCGGCUACCUGCAGGAGCUGGAGCGCGAGAAGACGGCCAUGGCGCGGCACAUUGAGCAGCUGCAGUCGCUGCUGCAGGACAAGGGCGGCGUCGAGGUGCUGCCGUGGCGGUGGUCGCCGUACGCGCCGGUCUGCCCGCCUGGCAUGGCUCUGGACAGCGAGGGGCGUGUUGUGAGCGUCAAGGGCGAGGACAGCGAGAGCGCUGACGCCGACAGCAACCACGACGCCGGCGAGGACGGGGUACCUGGCGGACAGGACAGGCGGCAGUGGACCUACAUGGGCUCUGUCUGGUGGCGGCCGGCGCCAGGCGCCGCCAAGAACACGAACGCAGCCGCCUCCCAUUCGGCGACGACCACCUCUCUCGUCUCUGCCGGCCGGGCCGCAUCGACCACCGCCUCCGUCUCGACGCCCAACACGCCCACAUACACAUACGCCUACACGCCCGCGCCCGCGUCGCCCACGGCCGCUCUCCAGUCGGGCCCCGUCGACAGCUACCUGGGCGUCUACGCCGACCGAGCGCCGCUCAGUUCCGUCAACGGCACACAGGUCUCCAUUCUCGGCACGCUGCUCGACAUCGACGCCGCCGACACGGGCGACGAGCCGGAGCCGUCUGCCAUCUACCGCGAGCCCACGGGCCUCUACAACCGCUCGCUCAGCUCGUUCCUGCGCUCCGCCACGAACAUCAACCCGCUGCUCGACAACAGCGUCGAGCUGCCGUCGCGGUCCGACGCGUUUGAGUACUCGGAGUGGUACUUCCUGAUGGUGCAGCCGUUUGCGCCCAUCCUGCACAAGCCGACCUACCUGACGCUGCUCACGCGCAUCUACGACGACCCCAAGUUCACGCCGACGACGUCCGAGCUGGUCAUUGUGCACAUGGUCUUCUCCAUCAUCUACUUCCAGUACGGCGUGCGCAACCGCGAGGAGCUGGCGCGCCAGAUCCACCUGCACGACCUGUCCAACAAGCACUACCACUGGGCCCUCUCCAAGUUCUACUACAUUGCCUCGGACUUUUCCGUCACCGCCGUCCAGGCCCUCGUGCUCAUCACGCUCUACACGCGCGCCUUCCCCAAGCCGAGCUGCGGCUCGACCAUCGCCAUGGUGGCCCUCACCAAGGCCAUCGACCUGGGCCUGCACCGCUCGUCCGGCCUCCCGGCCGCGCGCACGACGCUCACCAACGAGAUGCGCAAGCGCGCCUGGUGGUGCGCGCUGAUGCUGGCGGCGACGCUCAACGGCCGGCUGGGCCGGCCCAUCCCCAUUCGCGUCGAAGACUUUGACACGGAGCUGCCCGUGGCCAUCAGCGACGAGUACCUGACGGAGCAGGGCAUCACGGACCCGGCCAUGGUCGGCGAGGCCUCGUUUCUGGUCGGGCUGCACGCGAUGCAGUACACGCCGCUGUACAUGGAGAUGUUCUCGCACCUCUACGGCGUCCGCCGCGACCCGCGCCGCUACGCGCCGCUCGUGCGCGACCUCGAGGCGCAGUACCGCGCCAUCCAGGCGCGCCUGCCGCCCGAGCUGCACGUCGACAAGUGCAAGCCCGCGUCGCUCAUGUACGCGCUGUAUGCGCAGGCCGUGUCGCUCGAGUUCCAGCUGUGCCUGCACCACCCGUCGGCCUGCAUGACCACCGACCCGCAGGUCUUUGCCGAGAACACGCGCAUCUGCGAGGAGACGGCGCGCACGCUGCUGCGCCACGUCCAGAAGCUGCUGGCGCUCAAGUCGCUCGACACCACCUGGUACCAGAUGUCGGUGUACUGCGCCGCCAUGUUCUCCAUGCUGGCCGCCGCCUGGGAGCGCCGCCGCACGGCCACGGCCGACGACAUGGAGCGCCUGCAGGACGAGACGAGCAUCUGGCUGUCCAUUAUUGCCGAGAUCGGCCUGCUGACGGGCGCCAGCGACAACGGCCAGCCGUUCAACCGCAAGCUCACGCAGAUCUGCGCGCGCACCAUUUUCGGCAUUCUCCAGGACAUGCCGGCGGCGGCGCGGCAUGCCGUCAUGGCGAGCAACGCGCGCGCCAUUCAAGGCCGCGGACGGCCUGUCAAUGGCGUGCAGGCGGCCCUGCUGCCGGGACCGACGGCCGGUGGUGGGCCAGCACAGGGGGGGCCGCCCUCGUCCCAGCACGCCAGUUACGACCUUGGUCACGGCCACAGCCACGGCCACGGAAACGGCAACGGGCAUCACUCGCCGCCGAGCAACGUCGACAGUGUGGCGUUGCAUCUCGAGACGCAGGCGCGGCUGAAGCUCGAGGGACGCGGCCAGCUGUCACCAGCGGCCCAGCCGGCGCAGCAGCUGCAGCAACAGCAACAACAACAACAACAGCAGCAACAACAACAGCAAAUACCAGCACACCAACAGCACCCUGCACAGUUCCACCCGUCCAUGAUCCCGGCCACGACAGACGACUUUGUCACGACGUCGGCCUUCCCGCCCCAGCAGCCCAUGAACGGCGCCACGCCGGGCUACGACCAGCACGCACAGCAGCAAGGACCGCAGCCGUCAUCGCAUGAACAGCAGGCACAGCAUGCCCAGCAUGCCCAGCAACAACAGCAACACCAACACCAACAACAGCAGCCCCUCAUGUCCUUUACGUCCUCGGCCCUCGGCGCCCCCGCCAACCCCUGGACCAACUGGACCGCGUCCAUUGCCGACAGCCAGCAGUCCAACGACGACCGCUUCACGAGCGCCGACGCCCUCUUGGACCUGAGCAUGCUGCACCAGCGCCUCGCGCCCGUGGCAUCGGUGCCGCCCAUGCACGGUGUCCCCGUGCUCGACGGCAGCAGCAUCGGCAACGGCGAGCCGACAACGAGCGUCGGCCUGUCCAACAUGAUGGUCCCGGUCGGCCCGGGCGUCACGACGCUGGGCCCCGUGGAACCGCAGCAGGCGCAGCCGGCCAACAUGAACACGCACUCGGCGCAGUGGCCCCUGAUCCUCUUCCAGUAG